AUGCGUGACCCGAGCGUCACGAACAAUGCUGUCGAAAGCAUUAGCCCUAGCCAGUCGAGCGAGGCUGCCGAGGACGAUGAGGAUGAUCAAAACACCGUGGAUACACGGGAAAGUGGGUGGCCAGGACCAGAGUGGGAGUUUGCCAUCGUUGAUAAGGACGACAAUCCCAACUCGGAGAGCUCAUCCUAUGACUAUGCGGUUUCGCACAAAGGUCACACGCCGGUACACAGAAUCAGCUUCAGACACGGCCCGCCUGGUAACAUCUACGAUGAAUUCCAUGACAAGGAGAUCCCCCGAAAUAACGAUAGAGCCAAUACCUACUCGUCCAGGUUGAACGACGCCCAUGCUAGGAAAUUUGGAUACCCCGCCAACGACGGAUUAUGGCCACAGGUGCCUGCCUCUCGUUACCAUCACUCCACACCAGACUUCAUACGUUCGGCUUGCUUUCGACGCUGUAGUUUCCCGCCAAUUUCGAGCUUUCCCGCGUGGGAUCAGGCCGAAGACGAAGACAUUCGCGUCGAAGAAGUUCCCCUCUGUGAUUUGCUUCACCGUCGUUAUUCCGAUAUUGAACUCUUCCAAAACGAGAGAACUUGGUCAUUGCUUCCGAAAGCUGAUGACUAUCCUGCCGUCUAUGAACGCGCAGACGGUUCCCUAUUCUAUUACCCCUCAAAGACAUCAGCGGUUCAUCCCAGACGGGCCUCUGAUCCUGAUGUCCUUGACCUCGAGAAUCCUUCAAAGACACGUACAGAAGUUCAUCUCAAACGUGCGCCUGAUCCUGAUAUCUUUGACUUCGAAAAUCCCUCAAGGACACCAACAGAAGCCUUUCCUGGGCGUUGGACUGGUCCCGGAAUCCUUGAAUUGAGGAUUUGUCAACGUUUUCAAUACUCCUCAACCGUACCAACAGACGAGAUGCCCGGCCCCCACGUCUUACCUGACAUGAAUGAAACUCCCGAGUUAAUCCGCCAUACACGCUACCAAGCUUGUCCUGGCAAGUGUCACCACAACUCGGUCCUGAGAUAUUGGAUCAAUGAGGACGCCCCAGAGCGUGUCUGUGAUAUUUGCGGAGGCACUGCUCGAUUCUUAUGGUCCUGUACUGCAGACACGCCUGACUGGACUGAUGCAUCUCCUCGAACCGUGGGCCCUGCCCCUGCUGCUCCUACUCUCAGCAAGUCUGUUCCCAAUGUGCCUUCUUUUCCCGGCUCUGCUGCCAAUGAAUCUGCUCCGCCUGCACUUCCUACCAAUGUCUUUAAUCUCAGUGGCUUCAGUCCCAUCAGCUCUGCUCCUCCUGGCCUUGCUGGCAAUGUGCCCUCUCCUAGUGAAUUCUCGUUCUUCAACCCUGCUGCCAGUGAGUCUGCUUUAAUUAGCUCUUCUCCUAAUGCCCUUGCCCUCACCGGAUAUACUCCCCUCCGGCCUACUUCAACUGGCCCUGCUUCAACUGGCCCUGCUUCAAUUGGCCCUGCUGCUACUAGUUCCGAUACCGACAUCACGGGCCCUGAUAUCAGCACCCUUGCAGAGUGGAUGCAGAAAGCGAUUACCAUAGGGGAGUACACUCCAGCACAGGUGCAGAAGCUCGCGAACCAGAAGUUGCAGGUCCUUGAAUGCGCAGCAAGAGACCGCGCAGCACAAGCAGAACGCGCCUCAAAGGCUGCUUAUGCAGCACGACCGCCGACCAUGGGAGAGGGGACAACAGUGUGUGCAUGGCUCGCACGACAGACCGACAGGGAAAGUCAUCAGGAUGGCGACAUUCAGGAAGGCCCAUGGAACGGAGGUCCUUGCAGAGCUAUGUUCUGCCCUCUAUGCCACUGGGAAUUCACCGAACGGUCCCUCGGCCACAUUGACCAAGUGGUCAACGAGCCAUACGUCGCGCCGCCCAACAUCCCCGAGUACCUGAACCGUCCGAUUUCUGACGCCGCCGUCCUGAGAGCGAUGCGUCCGAUGCACUGGGUGCGCGGGCGUGAAUUUGGCCUUUGGUGGCUGGAGAAUAGGUACUUGUCUGGCCGAGACAUGGCUCCGGUACUCCGCCACGCCCUUAACGGGGGGUGGACCGAGGAGCAGUUUAAGCUCACCAGCUGGUGGGUAUACUGGCAGCACCUGUCAGACCUCGAAGUCGGCGCGCGCGUGAGAUGGCUUAAGGCAAGAAACCUCGAACAAAUUUCAUCUUUCAGUCAGUCUAUCACUGACCUUCGUUUCAUUGUCUCCCGGUCGAGCGAGCGACAGUGCUCUUCCAUGAGGAUGGGCCUUGACCCAGUGCUUUCUAUCAGUCGGCACCCGAUCUGGGAGGAAUAUGAGAGUCAAGGAAGACUGGUGGUCUGUCCCGGCUGGGAAUACUCCCUUGGGCACCGGUGGCAGGCCCUAAGUCGCCCGGAGCACAAGGAGCUCACGCGGCUUGUCACGGAGCAGCAAGACGCGCUGGCCAUCCAGGGUGUCAGCUCCGCCGCUCUCCGCCAGAGUGUCAGUCCUUCCCAGGGACUGACCCAAGAAACCGAAGUGCCUCAGCAGGCCGGCCAUGAUUUUGACAGCCUCUAUGAUGCCUCUGACAGGGAGUAG